ACGCCCUCCAACGAUUCUCUCCCUCUCUGUGCAAACCUCUUAGCCCCGCUGUGAUCCCUCACAGACCUUCAACCUGCCCCGGGAGUCUCUAUAACAACAUGCCCACCUCGGCCCUCCUUCCCUCCCACCUCGCUACGACAGACACUGCCGCUGGCCUAUCGCACCGUGGCCGACCCCUGUGCCCUGCCCACCCCAGCGGUCCCUCUCCAGCCCCGCCAGAGCCAAUCCGCGGCGGGGUGUAAAGUAGGGCAAGCCGCUUCCUGGUUCAAGGAGGAGCUGCCUGGAGUUGGAAUGGGCCAGCGGAGUCAGAGAGGGGGGAGAACAGCCCAGCGAGCCGGCGGUCUGCAAAGAGAGAGCCGAGGCAGGGGGAUAUAAACGCCGACAGAGAGAAAAGAAGAGGCGGAUAUUACAGAGAACUCCCGGAUGAUACGUGGUUCGUCAGAGGGACUGGUGUGAGAUUUUGGACAGUGCCGAGAGAGCGGUGACCCCCGGGGGGAGAGAGACGGGUGGGAGUGAAUCCAGGAAGUACAGAAGCCGGUCAGGUGGGACGCGACGAGAUAACAUAGGUGACACCGGCGCACAGGCUUUGUAUCCCUGGAAACCUUUUGGCUCCGCUGGAGAAGAACAGAAGCAGGAAGAAGUGGAAAAUAGAGAGGGAGGAAGAGAGCAGGGACCCGUCCUCCUCUGAGUUUAUGGACUGGAGGUAAGAGGUGGCGAUGUCUCCAGGAGAGGACGGUCUGAUUGGGAUCCCCUUCCCAGAGCACAGCAGCGAGAUCCUGUUCCGCCUCAACGCCCAGCGCAGGGCGGGGCUACUCUGUGACCUCACCCUGACCUCGCGGGGUGCCCGCUACCCUACCCACCGCUCCGUCAUGGCUGCCGUCAGCCUCUACUUCCGCGGGCUGUUUGGAGCGGAGGAGGGGGCCGAGGCAGGGGCCGAGGCGGGGGGAGGAGGAGGAGGGUUCAGUGUGUGCCAGCUGGACUGUGUCGCGCCCGAUGCCCUGGAUGCCCUGCUGGAGUUUGCCUACACGGCCACCCUGACCAUCCGCAGCUCUGGCAUGAGAGAUGUGUUGAGAGGAGCUCAGUUACUGGGGAUCCAGUGUGUGGUUGAUGCCUGUAGAGACAUACUGGGGGAGACGGCGGGGGAGGUAGAGUGGGAGACGGGGGAGGAGAGGGUACAGGCGGAGAGGGAGAGAAGGGUGGAGAGGGGGAUGAAGAAAGGCUCCCGGAGGAAGAUAGACAGACGGAGAGUCACCAAGGUGGAGUCAUCGCACCACCAGCCACUCCCUCAUCGCCCCAACAUUAACACACACCAUCACCCCUCCACUCCUCCUCCACACCCCUCACCUGUUCAAGACGCGGCCCACUCUCAUCCCUCCACCCGACCCCCCAGCCCUGAGCAGGAUGAACACCCCCCCACCACGGGACAGAACGGGGAGUGGAAGCAGGGCAGGGAUGCAGGGAGAGGGAGUACAGCAGUCAACGGAGGGGUGCACUGGCCUCAGGAGCGCCUCCUCGCCCCCAACCCCCCUCUUCCCCUCUCAGACGACAGGCUGUCAGAAGACGAGGAGGAGAUGGAGGGAGUGGGGAACGGUGGGGUGCCCAGCUUUACUUCAGCCCCCCUGGCAGAGCAAGGGGUGGCCACAGGGGCAGGAGGAGGGGGUAGGAAGAGGAAGUCUCAGACCCCCCAGCAGUGUCCUGUCUGUCAGAAGAUCAUCCACGGAGCAGGGAAGCUGCCCAGACACAUGAGAACACACACCGGGGAGAAACCAUUCGAGUGCUCGACCUGCGGGGUCCGCUUUACCAGGAAUGACAAGUUGAAGAUCCACAUGCGUAAACACACAGGGGAGCGUCCGUACCCUUGCCCCCACUGCCCUGCCCGCUUCCUGCAUUCCUACGACCUGAAGAACCACCUGUCUCUCCAUAGUGGGGCACGCCCCUUCGAGUGCCCGCUCUGCCACAAGGCCUUCGCCCGUGAGGACCACCUCCAGCGCCACCGCAAGGGCCUCAGCUGCCUGGAGGUCCGUACCCGGGCACGGCCGAGGCGCGGGCCUGGGGCUGACCACGGGGAAGAGGGCAGAAGGGUUAGAGGAGGAGGAAGAGGUUAUUCUCCAGACCAACUCGACCCGCUGGAGAAUCUGGCCCUGCAGCCCCACACCUCAGCAUUCCACCCCCGUGCUGGGAUGGUUAGCCUGGGAGAUGGGGCUGGGGCUGGAGGUCAAAUGGUGUUCCAGGAGGAGGCUGACGGGGAGCAAGCUAUAGCCCUCCUAGGGCCUCACAGGUUACCCUACCCUGGUCUGCUGUGGAGAGGCCUGGAGCUGGGGGUGAAAGGGGUGGAGGGGGAGGAGGCAGGCGGGGGCCACUCUCCUCCACUUCAGCAUGCAAGAUGGGAUAAGGAGGCAGAGGAGGAGGCAGAGGAGGAUGAGGAAGACGAGUGAGAAGAGAGGAAGAGAAGAGCGUGCAUGGAUGUGUAUGCGUGUGCAUGUGUGUGCGUGUGUGUGUGUGUGUGUGUGUGUGUGUGUGU